CCAGGGUUUAUAUACAUUAUUGGUUUGAACAGUUAGGUCAUUUGUUUGACUGUCAUUGGGAUUUACCAAUCGUGGGAUUGCUUAAAGAGUAUGAGCCAAUAGAAAUACAGGAAAGAUGUUGUCAGGCCCAAGGUGAACAGGAAGAGCAUGCCAUCGAAUUGACAGAAGAAUCAAGCUGAACUAGCAUCACAAACUCUUCUUCAAUCAGGCAUUCAGUCCGUUUACCAAGCAUAUCAUAUUUUAAGGCAUUUCAACAGAUGACUGACAAAGAGGAGGUGAAGGGUGCAGGUGAUAACACGGAAAUGGUUCUCUCAGGGAAGAAGUCAGGGAAAGCCUCGCUGCUGGACAGUGGGGAAGACUUUGAGAUGCUGGAUGAUGAUGACAUUGAUGACGACCCUCCUCCUUUGGAAGAUGCUGGGGGUGGGAAGAAGACUAAAACAGAGGUUCCUGCAGAGGACCAAGACACUGGCCCUUCAGCUCCACUAGACGAAUGGAUGGAUAUACUAGGUAAUGGCCAGCUAAAGAAGAAAGUCCUGCAGGCAGGGAAUGGGCCAGACAGCAGGCCCACGAAAGGCCAGAAUGUCGUGAUUCACCUGAAGACUUCACUGGCUGAUGGGACUCUUAUAGAAGAGCAACCUGAGCUCUCUUUCACUCUGGGAGAUGGUGAUGUCAUCCAGGCUCUGGAUCUCACAGUGCAGCUCAUGGAAAUGGGGGAGAAGGCCCUCGUCCAAGCCGAUGCUAAAUAUGCAUAUGGUGCCCUGGGGAGUCUUGCACCUGAGGUGCCUCCCAGUGCUGAGUUGGCCCUGGAGGUCCAGCUGCUGGAUGCCACUGAGGCCCCCGACCUUGAGCUCCUGUCCCCCCAGGAGAGGAUCGCCCUGGCUGGGCAGAAGAGGGAGAGGGGCAAUGUCUACUACCAGAGAGGGGACUAUGCCUUCGCUGUUAACUCUUACGGCUUCGCCCUGCAGGUCACUGAGUCCAGCUCUAAAGUGGACAUUAGCCCGGAGGAGGAGGAGGAGCUGAUGGACGUGAAGAUGAAGUGUCUAAACAACAUGGCUGCUGCCCAGCUCAAGUUGGAUCACUAUGAAGCAGCACUACGGUCCUGCGUUUCAGUACUGGCCCACCAGCCAGACAACAUCAAAGCCUUAUUCCGCAAAGGCAAGGUAUUGGCCUUGCAAGGGGAAUAUGCUGAAGCUAUAAAGAUUUUGAAGAGGGCCCUGAAGUUGGAACCAAGUAACAAGACCAUCCACGCAGAACUCUCCAAGCUGGUGAAGAAGCACUCGGAGCAGAAAGGCGCAGAGCAGGCCAUGUACAAGAAGAUGCUAGGCAACCCAGCCAGCGGCAGCGGCGGCAUGCAGAAACACCAGGCCAAGUCGUCAUGGGGUGUCAGCUGGAAAUGGCUCUUCGGUGCCACGGCUGUAGCCAUUGGAGGUGUCGCCUUGUCAGUUGUCAUAGCUGCCAGAAAUUAGAUGAGACCAAUACUUUUCUGGUGAUUGCCUGCACCGUGCAAAGUGGGACCCACAAAAAGCAACUGGACAUCUGGCGGUGCCUUUUAGAACUGUAAAAAAAGAAAAGGGGACAAAUGCUUUUCUGUCACCUCUUUACUGUCCAUAGGUUUCUCACACUGUUCUGUCACUCCUUGGGAGAAGGAGAAUUAUAUGUGACAAAUACUAUACAAUCAAUAUUUGUAAAUGAAACGUACUAAAUACUUUUCAAAUGUAUGUACGUCCAUUUAUUGACAGACACUAAUUGUUCAUUGCUGUCGAUGUCUUGAGCUCCUCUAUAGUAGUGAUUCUAAAUUGAUUGAUUGAGCACUCUGAAAUGAUAAUUCUAGGAAUGAUCCGUCAAUUUAAAAAUAUUAACUGCUCUUGUUCUUUUAUUGGGAUAGUGCCGAUGUUGGAGGGGUAUGAGAUUAAUCUAGAUGCUGUAUUAUCUGGCCCUGUGAUCCACACUCAGACCAUCUUGGUCAAUGAAAACUGUCACAUUCCUUUGAAACCCAAGUUUUAAUGUAUAGUUUAUUUUAUUAUCUAAAAAGUAAAUGGAGUGUACCUCACUGUUGAUGAUUCUGAGACCAAACUACACACCUGGGCGGCAGGUGGCUUAGUGGUUAAGAGCGUUGUGUCAGUAACCGAAAGGUUGCUGGUUCUAAUCCCCGAGCCGACU